AGCAUGGAUACGGCCUCGGAUGGAAUGCGUCCUCGACUUCUUGGGUUGUCCAGCGGAAACCGAAGCCAAUGGUGACCUUUUGAUUUGGAUGGUGUCCGAGUUUAAAGAGGAGCUCUGAGGAAUUUUCGGAGGUAUGGCCCAUCCCCACGUGGACAUGAGCCAGAUUAUGGCUCCGCACCCGAAGCGCGCCGUCGCCUUGGCGCAGAUGAGGGAGGCGCUGACGGAACGGGGCUAUUUCUAUGCCAGCAACGUGGAUUGCCUCCCGCAGGAGUACAUCCAGAGCGUCUACGCCUACGCGGGGCAGCUGCACGCCUUGCCGGCGCAGGAGAAGCAGCGGUGUGCGCGGCCAAAGGGCACCUAUUCGGGCGCCGACGCAAGCGUGAAUGAGCUCGCCUAUGAAGUGGGGAGCACGGCGAGCGUGCGCGCCUUCGACUACAGCCGGGUACGCUUCCCCACCUCCGGCCACGUCUUCCCGGAGGCGACCUGCUCCGAGACUGGCCAAACCUUUGUGGAGCUUUUGGAUGAGCUCUACGAGCGCCAGGACCAGCUGGCAGUCUCGCUGAUGACGGCCUUUGAGGAGAUGUUUGCCUUAGCCCCUGGCACUUUCAGCAACUGCUUCUCCGGCGCAGGUCAGGACAUGGGCACCAUCCGGCUGCUGCACUACCCGGCCGCCGCCAGCGCCGAGGAGGCGAAACGGCGCCAGGAGGCCAGCUACGGCAUCAGCCCCCACACCGACUUCGAGGCCUUCACGCUGAUGCACCAGAACGCCGCGGGCCUGCAGUUUCUGGCGCCCGGGGGUGAGGAGUGGCUCGACGCCCCCGUCAAAAGCCAGGAGUUCGUCGUGAUCGUGGGGGACGUCUUGGAGCGGUUCACCAACGGCACGCUCAAAGCCACGCCCCACCGCGUGCUGCAGACCCCCUGGGAGCGUUACUCCAUCAUCCGCUUCAAUGCCAUGACGCCGGAGACGCUCAUCCAACCGCUGCCCCACUUCGUCUCGGCGUCGAAGCCGGCCAUGUACACGCCGGUGACCAUGCAGAAGCACAUGGACACCACGCUGUCCCGCUUGGAGCAGGGCCUCGGCAGCUGGGAGAAGGGCGCGCCUGGCCGCAGCCUCUCCGCCAGCUAUGUCUACGAUGAGCCCUGAAGCGAUCAGGGGCGAAAGGCCAGGGUUCCCACAUAUUUCCGCCUAAGAGGCGGCUAGAAAACCCCA